UGUACUGAUAACAAUCCAUUCUGCCCCACCCCAUUUCCCCCACCUUGUAUGCGCUCGGCAUUUCUCGAACCUCCAAGAAUUCGCGAAUACCUCUCUUUUCUCGAACUACACGAAAAACAGUAAGUUUCAUUAUGUUAACUCACCUCCAUAUACCAGCCUCUUCUAAUCCAUCACGCAUAGGCCCUAUCGAACCGCCGGCUUUUCACCAUGGAUAUAGUUCAGCCCAAUGGAACGUCUGAUGUGCUUAAACCUGCAAAUGGUUCCGCGCUUUGCUCUGGCUCCGCACCUGCGCUCCCAGCUGUCACCACCAACAUGUUGCCGCUUGCCACGCUUCUCCAGAACUUUGCCGAGUACGCUUUUUCCGAGAUCUCGUACCUCGUGGCGACACUACCGAACCUCCAACAGCCUGACUCCAUCAAAAAGAAGAAGCUCCUCGAGCUUUUUGUGCGACUCCGUAAGGAUCUCGUUAAGUUAUACGUGCUCGUGAAGUGGUCCGCGCGUGCGCGCGACUUUCAGCGGCUCAUCCAGUUGAUGAGUUUCAUGCGUACAGAGCAGGGCAACUUGUUUAACUCGGUCUGGGGUAUGAAAAGCAUUGUUCCGGGUCUAGCCUCGGCGAAGUUACCGAACCCCGACUUGAUGACGGCGCUCGAGGUGUUCAUCAAUGGCCGGCCACAGUUGCCAUCGCACAACCUCAUCCGCCAGUCGGCGCUUUCCGCAAAAACCAUCUUGAAAACGUUCCGCAACUUGAACGUGCUCCUCGCGAUUAAGCUCGCGCUUGCGGACGACUUACCGCCGCGGUUCCGCAACUACCAGAUCCGCGAUGGCCGCGUGACCUUCACGGUGGACCGCGAGUUUGUUGCGUCAGUGUCCAUAGCUGAUGACGAGACCCAAGACGAAACGAUUUCGCCGUUCUUCUUGAUCGACUUUCGGUUCCUUUUCGGGUUCCCAGACGACCGGUACGUCCUCGACGACGCGCUAGUGACGCCAUUGCCUGCACCCAGCCACGUGAAGCUCGAGUCUCUUGCCAACGCGGUGCUCCACCGUAGCGGUCUCCCGGGUCUCUACACCAUCUUGCAUCACUACGCCACCACCUACAAGCUCUAUCUCGUGCAUAAGCAGCUUGCAAACAUGCGCCAGAGCGGCGUCUGGAAGGGCCACCUCCAGCACACAUACAACAUCGAUCAGUCGACCAUCGUGGUGACGUACUGGGCUGCACGCGCGGCUCUCCGCUCGUUCCUUGAGAUUGGGCUUAACCGAAAAUUUGAGUUGUCCUUUCGGUGGUCUAAAGACGGAGAGUACGUCUCCACGCAUUCCCUAACAGAGGGCUUAACGGAUACUGAUUUUGGCUUGAACAUUGAGCAGACAUUGACCGAAAUCACCAACAAGCAUGCAGAGCUGGCGCUCCGCGGGAUCUACCAACAGAUGUCCGCGCAGCUCGCCGUGCGCGACGGCCCUGCCCUCAUCCGAAUGCUCUCUCCCGGAAAACUCCACUACCAGUUGACCCACACACAGCAUACCGUGGUCAGCAUCGACAGCAUCACCGGGAACGUGUUCUUGGUCAAUCCCACGCCGCUCAUGGUGUCGUUUGUGACGCGCAUCAACAAAGACGCCGCGGCUGUCGCGAAGGUCGCUUACAACUUGAUUGUGAUGCGGCUCGAGAUCCUCACGUUGAAGAUCUCGUCGGUGUUGUCGGCGGUCGGCUGGAUCCGUAAUGAUGUGGUCAAAGUCAGCAGCGGCAGCGAAGACUGGGCGAAGUUGCAGUUCUCUGCCAGCAGCGCUCUCAACGUGCAAUUCUUCCGCCGGCGCGAGUGGCCGCAGGGCUGGUUCUUAAUCUGCGGUGUCAACGGCUACUCAUCCAACCUUCACUGGCGCGUGGCGCAACUCCGAGCGGCGCUGGGUGCGUGGCAGAUCCAGUGGCUCGCUAAGAUCAACCUCCUCGCGGAAACCGACGUCUUGUGCGAGCCAAAGAACUACAAAAGCUACUUUGACUACGAAACGCUAGCGGAGCUCGCGGUCGUUGCGGCCAACAAGAUCACCAGCCACUUGGUGCUCGAGGAGUUGAAGGCCCAGGGCUGCCGCUUGAUGAGCCUCCGGACCCCGACGCUCGCCGCCGACCCCGCGGUGCACAACCUCUUGCGUGCCGACAAGAGUGAAUCGGUGAUUGUCAUCGACAAGGAUUCGCUCACGGCGGUUCCCGGCUGCUACAGUACCUUGUUUUUGAAGAUCAAGUUGGCUGGCCGCUUUCUCUGCCUCUCGCUCUACGGCAAGCUCCGUGCGCGGAUCAACCUCAAGAUCGACGGCCCGCUGGCGAUCAAGUUCGAGCCAGAGACCGGUGUGUUUGAGAUUCAGACCCAGGUUGAGACCCUCAGCAUGGGCAGCGCCGCUAGUGGCACGCUCCUCGCGGAGACCCUUGGAAAGCUCACCACACUCCUCAACUUGAUCUCCAUCCUGAACGUGUUGCAGCAGAGCCGAGUUGAGAUCUUGCUCACGGACUUGGACUCUAUCCGCUUCCGCUAUGAUUCGGAGGAGGCCACGUUGUGUGGCUUGGUAGGCGCGGGGAUCCGCCUCGAGUUGGCUCCAAACAAUCCCCACAACCUCGUCGCCGUCCAGUUGGACAGUAUCCUUGCGACCCACGGCAUCCCCACGUUGAUCAAGGCGCUCGGGGGCACGCUUCCGUUGGUCAAGGCGCUCCGGGAAAUUUCCACGGCCAACCAGGAGGCGUUGCGAGACGCUGCCUCGGGGGAGUUUCUCCUCCCAAAGAUCCGCUUCAGCCUCUUCACUCGCGAGUUGAACCACUUUCAGUUACAGUACGCGGCGUAUCUGGCUGAAAGCAGCGCUGCAGUUAUGGACCCCCACGAUAUCCACAGCGGCACUGCGACGUUGCGCGCGCUUGAAGUGAUUGACCUCACAGUGCGCUUGCGGCGCGGCUACCGUGGAAGGACGUAUCUCUUUGUCACCUCGCCCGCGCCGUUCCUCCGUGAGUUCUGGUCGUUCAAGACCAAUCCGUUCCAGGAGGGUGACGAGCCCAUGGACGUGCAUCCGUUAGAAACUGGCGUCGCCUGCGCCGUCAGUUGUGCUUCCAGGGUGUUGGGUGUGUUAAACCGCGAGAUCUUGGCCCGCGGCGGUGUACCAUAGGUAUAACAGGAGUGUGUAAUUUAGGCAUGGGAUGUAAUUUAUAAAUAACAACACUG